AGAAAAAAGUCCCAGCUAAUCGAUUUCUCUUUCUCCAACCACCAUCAUCGAUUAACAAUACACUCGGCGUCUAAGAACAACGAAGGAUUCUCCGGCGUGUUUGAGCCACAACGUAGGUCUUGUGAUGUCAGACUUCGAAGCUCUCUGUGGAACUUGUUUAGCCAAGAUGAGCAACGAAACCUUCCAAGCAAUGUCUCCGGCGGUGAGAUUGAGGUCGAGCCGAGGAAAUCUAGGGUUUUCUCAUCUGGGUCGAAGUUAAAGUUGAAAAAGGUUUCGAAUUUGGCGUUAGAAUGGCGGAAUCUGGUGGAAGCUGGCGAGAUUCUUAUAAAGGAAUGUCGUCUGAUAACAUCAAGGGUUUGGUUUUAGCGUUGUCUUCUAGUUUCUUCAUUGGUGCUAGUUUCAUCGUUAAGAAGAAAGGGCUUAAGAAAGCUGCGAGUACUGGCACUAGGGCAGGUGUUGGUGGGUACUCUUAUCUUUACGAGCCUCUUUGGUGUAUUGAGUCCACCAAAAUUGAUAACAAGAAAGAGAAGCCAACAAGUGGUUUUGAUAAAUCCAUCAAAAAGAGAGGCGAUGAUCACUACAAGAAGAUGGAGAAGAUGGUGAUGGUGGAGGUCGAGCUGAAAACAAAGGCGGUGGAGAAGAGUGAAGGGGAGACGGAGAAGAAGUUGAUGUUGAUGGCGGAGUGGUUAGAGGAAGAGGCGGUGGUGGAGUGGUGACUUUUACGAUGACGGUGAAAGAGAGUAACUCCA